UACAACCACGCCGUCGCGUAGCGGACACGCGUCAAACCUCGCCCCGGUGUCUCCCGAGCGGCGGAGGAUCGCAGCGGGUGUCUCGCUCGUCGGCGGCCAGGCGGUCUCUCUCUGCACUUGUGUCGCCAAAGCCACCCGUGCGCUGGCUGUGAGUUCUCGGUGUAACUUUUUGAUCAAUGCGUGCGCCAGCAUCGGAUAAGUGACGUCUUCUGCUCUGUCCUGGGGAGCGUUUGGCUGGUUUGGUGCUCCUGUCUUGCAUCAGUUCAUGGAAUCUUCGGUCUAGCCUUGCGGAAUGAUGCUGCUUUGUUUUCUGAGGUAGAGGUAAACGGAUGCUGUGCAACAAAAAUGUCUCCAAUGCAGCGUUGGACUUGGCUGCGACAACCCCAACGUCCAUAACCUUCGUCAGAACGGCAACAAUGCAAGAGAGCAUCGCAUCAAUCUUCGUGCGGCGUGCUGCUCAGCGUAUCUGGCACCGAGGCUGAUGACGGAGGUGGCACCAGUUGCAGUGCAGUUUGUCCAGAUUAUUUUGCUGUAUUGUCAAACAGUUUUUUUAUCUCGAAGAUCUUUUCUGAUGGCGCAGAACAUUGCCGUCUGAUAUUUUAGCCUAAAUUCACCCAGUAACGUCCGCACUCUCACAUUCAAGGACUUGCAUAUUCUCGACGCAAUAAGCGGGAAGAAUGAAAGGGGUUUCACUCAAAUGGCAUUAGAUUCUCGUUAAAUAUUACGCUCUCACCGUAAAACACUAAGCGAGACACUUAAGAUGUGCUAAAUAGGAGCACUUACGAAGGUAGCUUUCGCGCUGGGCUAAGAGUUUGACAUCUGCCACGUCUAGUUUCCAAAAGGGCUUUUCUUCCCAGCCUAAAAGCAAAUAUUUUCAACUCCAGUCAUAGCUCUGCAGAUGUAUUUGUAUUCGUCGUCGAGAUAAAAGACAAGGCCCUUCGUGAGAUCGUUCCGUCAUAGCAUCAUCGUUCAGCUAAACGUUUUGUCACAAUAUAACCGGUUUGCCCGAACGUAGGCGUCUACGAGAUCGUCACUGCAUGCAAAGUCUGUAAGGCCCGAGGUUAAAAGGCUGCGAUAAUUUUGAAUGCAGACAAAGAAGCCACACCCUAACGGACUUGUAUAGCAGCACGCUUCAUUUAGUUCAACUUCGUGAUGCGGCUCUUGCACUGUCACUUGUCGCGAAUUUGAAACCAAGGACAGCGUCGGUUGCCAAGCUCUGAAUCCAGCAAAGACGUUUCCUGAAAUCUUCAGUGCAGCUGCAAGAAGCGAAAGCCAUUACUGCCGGUCUCGAUACGAGACACGUGGUCUUCGGCUGUGAUUUCAUUGCGGUGGUGCUUUUGCCUCGAUCGCCCAGCUCUGAACCUGUGUAUUAUUUUGUGUGCUGAACAAAGGGGCUCUUGUGAGUUUCCGAGUAGGCGAAUGCAUCGUUUCGGCCAUGGUGUGGGUCGUCGGCGAGUGGGCCUUCCCGAUGAGCCAUCGCCGCUGAGGCCAUGAUGGAGGCAUGGCGGUCCGCAUAGGCGCCCCGUGUUGGCCAUGCGAGCCGCGCGAAACUGGACUAUCAACGACAUCGGUGAUGGACUCGAUACAACCGGGACCAGCUCCAUCGCCACCACCGUGAUGGCCAGUACCAAGUGGCCGUCGACUACGAUGCCCACUCCUCCCUUACUGGGACACGCCCUGCGCCCGCCGAGACCCACCGUGUCGCUGGAUGCCCGGCCCGUCCUGAUCCCUCUUCUGACGUCGGUGAUCUGCUUCCCGAUCGUGGCACUGGCUGUGAUUUGUGCGCUGCGCUACCGGGCACUGAGGCUGCGCCGAAAGGAGCACAUGAGCAGGCUUCGUGGAGGAGGGAUGCGGGCGGCACGGCUGGAGAUCCCGGGUCGUGGAGGCGAGAGGCCAUCCUUCUUCUCCCGUGACUCUUCGUCCGGUGACACAAGCUCCCGGCCUCCCAACAACAUUGAGGAAGACCCGCGAACUACUGGACCCGCAGCCUCGUCUUCCUCUUCUUCAUCGGGAGAGCACUACGAGGACGAGCUGGACUUUGCCCGCGAACUGGCGUCUAGCAAGCGAAAGUCCCUGGCCGGGAGCAGUUCCCGUCGCAGCAGCCGCGUCACUUUUGGCGCCACGGCCGCCAUCUUGCAAGUGCCCGGUAUUCCCAGCCCUCGGUCGGGCUCGCCGCGGUCCGGUUCACCGCACUCAACUUCGCCUCGCUCGAGUUCACCGCGCUCAAGUCCGUACCCUCGCUCUGGGUCGGUUAGCUUCUUCGCCGAGCCCAGCUUCAUCCAGGACGUAGUGAAUGACUACGACGACGACGCUGACGACGAGGACGACCUGGAGGCCCCCGACUGCGGAGUGGACGCUAGGUAGCCGCGGCGAGGCGGCGGCGACUCGCCCGCCGCCUGUUUGGUGGUGCUGCCGUGUUCCGGGUCGUCCCGGAUUGGAGUUGCUCUAGCGUCCGGCACCGGGUUGCUCGAGACACUGCUUUGAGUAUUCCUCCCAGGAUGAGGGUGCCGACUCGCACAGGACGGGAACUGAUAUGCCACCACCAGUGAAUUGACUGCCCAAUGCCACAAACACAUUCAGAAACACAGCGGCCAUGACGCCAGCACGCAGACGCAUACAAAGUAUGGAAUAUAAUCAAAUAAAUUUGAUCCGCAAGGAAAAAUUUCGAGUGCACUUGAGGCGCCAGCCAAGCUGCUCAUUACACAGGUAAUGAUGCGUUUAAAACAGCGAUAUCCUAGUCAUCACGGUUUGUAAAAGCAACAGAAGAGAAGGCAAAGGAUGCCCACAUGAAGUAUACAGAUUUAAGCAUGAUGUAUUCUUUCUGAGAAGAAGCGCAGUAAUGCUUCGACAAACAAAAUGCAUUUCAGUAUUUCCAAACAUCUUUGUGGCUGCCAAUUAACUCACAAAUUGCUUGGGGUAUUCUGUUCGCUGCUGAAUGUUGAGUACCGCUUAAUUAUACGGUAAAAAGACGAUGGCAUCGCUGUUGGACGGGAUGGCGGUUUACACUUAACCGUCAAAUUACACGCAACCGUCAACCGUGGAAGUCUUGAACAAUAAAAAAGAAACCAUAAAUUCGCCACUGCUUCCGCUGUACGAAAUGUUAAAAUCUUAAAUUUAACGCAAUGAAAAAGUCACUCAACUCCUCCACGAAGAACCUUGUACUUUAGGUAAACUUCCUUCUUUAUAUUUUGCUUGUGGCUUUGCAAAUACUGUGGAUGGUGUGCAAUAAGAUUGAAAAGAACUAUCUCUACCCGAAUAAGAUUAGUAAAUGCCUUUACAGAGUAUUUACUCGGAUAAAGCUAAAAGGCGAUUCACCUGAAAUCGGUCGCAAAUAGUUUUUUGUUUUACUACUCAUGUUGCAGUACCCUCAACUACGUUAUGGGAGAAAGAUACAUACAUCUAAUCCUCCAUAGGUUGUUUAAGAAGACGCGAGGCGUGUGCGAGACGGCGCCCUAUCUUCUACGCAAAGUCUACGCAAAGCACGUGGGUGAAAUGAAAAAUUGCCCUCUAGUAGCAGCAUCACCCAUUACACCCUAUUGUAGGUGAGCUAUUGUAUGUGUAAAGCAUAACUGGAGUUGUACUGAUGAAGGUUUUAGUGAAGAGGCAUAGGCCUACUGAUCGAUGAGUGUUCCUGUGUACAGCCUACUACAAGCUGGCACUAGAAUUGUUAGCGCGGCACAUAUUCUUUUUGGGUAGAGAGUUUGAUUAAUAUGAUCUGUAUGAGAAUUGCCAUUCAUGCCGUCACUGACAGUUAAUGAUGCAGUUAACCAAAUUUUGGUUACAUUAAUCAUAUAUCGCACUUUUAUAAAUCAAGGACAACUUCAAUCGCACACAUGACCGUAUUUACCGCAAUUACUGGCCUUCAAACAUGGGUGUUGGGAGAUGUCAGAGGCAGACUUGCUUUCAGACUGCAUAGCAAUAUUCGAAUGCCCUAUAACCUGCUUUUCCCGCUGUUUGGUAUUUAGUUCUUCACGAAGCACUUCACGAGCCAUUCCCACUACGGUGUUUAUGCAUACUUUCCUGCUUACAUCGCGGGCAUAUAAUCGGAUGAAAAUACACACAUCCGACACGAAUAACCGAAAUACCAACACAAAUACCGAAACACAAAUAACCGAAAUGAAUAAGACUUCCGCAGCGUUUUUACACAACUCAUGACAUGGUCAUACCUGUCGCUUUUCAUUUCAAGAUAAAUAAAAUAAUAUGCCCCAUAUCUUCAUUGGGACCGCGAAAUCCAUUAUGUCCUAACUAGUCACAGUGCCUUCCAAAACUGGAUGUCGAUAUAAAACAGCUGCGCUAUCUUUGAUCAGGCGUACAUCAUAUAAAAGCUUUCAGUUAACAACAAAGCGUCACAUUGAUAUAUCCUUGAAAGCGAUAAGAAGUAGGACAAUACAAAUGGUAGCACCUUUGUCACAGGAAAGGAAAAAGCGUGCGUAGAUGACAGAAUAAUGGUCUUCACCAGUUGGUACGAGGUCGCGAUACCAGAUAAUAGCUCGUGCUUAUGGAGAUGACCACAUAAGGCUUUCAUGAAGCAAACAGUUAUAGUCUUGUUUCGCAAGUUUUCGUACUAUCGCUAAUGUGCGGUUGUAGUAGUCUUUUGGUGCCGAAUAAUAAUGCCUCUUUUAAUGCUCUAAAUUUUCGUAGUUGCAUUAGACACCUGCCUAAGCGCCAUGUGGUAGAGGCGAUGAACAUGUCGCAUUUGAAAGGCACCGUGGUUUUAGAGAUGUUUGAACUCUCUUGGUAUGGACUGUACUGCAUAGUAAAGAUUAUACGUUAGUGUUGUUGCUCGGGUCAGCAUUUUGAUCAUGCUAUUUUUGCGUCGUGUUGUGGAGUGCUUAGCGUAAAUGUUUGCAGUGUUCGUGUAAUUAUAUCGCCUGUCGAGUGUUCUAUCCUUAAGUAACAUGAAAUAUUGAUUCAUUGUUAUUCGUGAAACACGCUAUACAAAGCUUUUAUAUAAUUAUGUGUUUCUUAGGCACAAUUAUUACUCUUCGCAUGUCUCAGGUGCAUGAAACAAUCUAAGGUGGAGCUUCAUUUGUGCGUUCUUGCAUCUGAAUUGCUAGUUUGUAUAAUACUGGCAUUCACUGUUUUAUUACGAGCCACUUAUUUCUCGUCUCGCUUUAUAUUCGUGUAAUCAUUUCAUAUUCAUCGAAAAUUUGUAGCUUCCGGAGUGACAAUACCUACCGUUUUUACCCAGUGAUGUGAACAUUACGCGUUUUCUGAGUUCUGUUUUCUAGAAAUGUUUCGUCGUGCAGCCCACCUACUACCUCGUUGGGAGACUGACGCUUGGCUCACAGUAGGAUAAUAUGCAGCUGUAUAAGAGUUCUUCACCUGCAGUCAUGACCCUGUUUGUGCUAUAGUUGCCCGAGGGCGAUUGUUUAGCCGUAACCAUGGACCGGCGCCCGAACACUGCUCGUGCCUUCCCAUUGAGAUUUCUGUCGCUUCAGAUCCUAACCCUCGCACUUUAGAGUUGCAGGUCCGGUGCACCACAGCACAGCCAAAUGCUUCGUAAUCACGCUCCUAUUCCUUGCUGGGAUCACUCAAUCUCCAGUUAUACGCAACCAUGCAAACAUUGUAGUUCGUGGUGAGACAAGAACAAAGAAAUGCCGUGCUUUGAAAGCGACAGGGGAGGACCAAUCUUUGAGAAGGUACUGGCGCACUGACCCAUCGAAUAAUGGUGGAUAGGCCAAGCAACAAUGUGUCUACCUAACUAAAGGAAUAACCAGACAUCUAGUAAGAUAAUAAAUGUUGUCUUCGGUGAUAACAGAAGCAAUUACUCCAUAAUUAAGCUCAGCACAAUUCAAUCCCCCUUUGAACAUCAGCAGACUAUGAAUGAUAUUGUGGAAACAAAUUGUCUUUUUUGUUGAAACUAUACGCAUUUAUCUCAAGGUUUUUCUUGAGUGAAGCAUGGAUUGACAGAGCCGACGUUACAUCACUAAAAAUGCCCCAAAUACUUGCCGUUUCAAAACCAGAUUGCUCUGAAAAACUUGCAAUCUCUGCGAAACCAUAGCAGAAAAAGCACCUCGUUUAGUUAGAGUGUUGUCUAGUCAUAAUAAUUUAGGAUAAUUCAUUUGAUCGAGUAAUAUUUGAGGCAGCGUCAGCUGCCUUACGUAAUCUGAGUUCAGUGUCGUAAAUACAUAGACGAAUGAGGACGCAUGUAUACAUGCAUACAAAAUCAAUGCAAGCAUCUAAUCAUCGCUACCUGCGUUCGUGAAACACAUGUGGACUGCUCUUUUAUCUCUGUUGUUGACCACGGGCCAGAUAAAAUAUAUAUGCAACCACACACAAUAUCACAUGGUUAAAUACAUAGAAAAUGGAUACUGUGCAAUACUUAAUAUAUAUCACGCCUGAGUUUUGUCUCCUGCACAAGACCGGUAGAGUCUUAAAUCCUCGUAGCAACUAGUUUGCAGCAAAACAUCAUAAAGAGGACUAUUUUGGAGAUGUAUAUUAAGAAAGACAAAUGAAAUGGGGUUGAUACUAUAACGUGACCUAUGUAUAACAACGCUACAUUAUUCGGAAACAUGGCUGCAAAAGGUAGCUGCGAGAACAAAUAUUAUGCCGGCGGUACUGAUUUCAGGAAAAUGAUCGUAAAACCACAAUAACAUUGGAACUUCAAGGGAGUGGCAGGCUCCCUGCCUAGAAGCAGUUCUCGUGUGACAGCGUACAGUUGCGUAACUCUUAAGAUGAGAAAACAAAAGCAUUGGUGUAUGGUUGAUUAAAAAAGUAUUCAAAGACAAAGCCAUUUGACCGAUUUCCCAGCAGUGCAGCCAUUUCAGCUAUGGUUGAUAAGCUGAUAAUUAGUCUAAAUGAUUGUAGUGCUAUAUUCCUGUGCAAGAGUUACGCAGAUAUGAUUAGAACUUCAGGCAUUCAUUUCUAUUCUUCUGUAGACUCUCAAGCGAAAACUUGAAAGGUCAUCAUUGUUGAAAGGUUGAUCAGUGUAUAUAGCGCUAGGAUGAUUUCCCACAUUGAGAAGAUAAGGGAUAACAUGACAUGGGGUAAAAGGCCCACAAGUUGAGUAUUGCUCUUUUUCAUCAGUUCUACUUGAAUGUAAAAAUGAGAGGAAGUGUUUAAAUUGUAUUUUUAAACGAAAGAUAUACAAUCACUUGUAAUAAAGAUACUUACGGUUGAGGCAUAUAGGGUAUUCCUAAAGGUAACGUUAUAGUCUAAUUGAUGUUAUUGUUACAGAUACUACAUUUUAGUCAAUUUUAUAUGUCAGUCCUGUUAAAACCUACCAUACAGGGUGGGGUGCGAUGUCGAUGAAUGCAUGCUGCUCGGUGAAUAAACGGCAUGCUGUUGGCUUCAAACAUUCGACUAUGCUCCACUAUAUCACACUCAAUGAAGUCGCACCUUAAAUUCUGCUGAACUCUAACGAAAUUAGAAUUAAAAAUUAUAAAACUACAGAUAUUUUCACGAAAGAGUUGUUUUCAGCAGUUGCGGAUCUUUUGUGUGCAUAUACGUGCUCAUCGUAGCGCCAGCUGCUCACAUAGCAAACGGGAGCGUUUAUAUUGAAAAAAGUUAAUAGAGAUAUAAAUCCAGAAGUUGACAUAAAGGUUUGUGAAGUUGUUAUAAAUAAAAUUAUUCAAGUUCUACUUCCCGCUUGCGUGGCAAGAGCGCUAUAGACGAACAUUGCCAGGCGCCACAACCAACCAUGACUAAGGAGUGUUUCCUUGCUGAAAACUCUCCUAGCAUUACAGUGCGCAUUUAUUAGUCUCUUUGGAGUACCCCAUUAGAAGCAUGUGAAGAAAUAACCAAAAUUUGUGACUUUAAGUGAGUAAAUGUUCAAAUGAGUACGAACUUAACGGAUCUUUCGUGAAGGUUUCCAGAUAACACAAAAACCAAUAUUUUCUAACCCAUGUCAAAUAACCUGAUUACGGCUUUCAGAAUAAAAAACGGUGUGGUAUGAAGCCUAAAACCCACGAAUGGUUGCUGUUUAAUUCGUAGACAUGAACAUAACUAUAGCAAAUAAAAAAUCUCAAACACUAAUUUGGCACAGUGGGGAGCUUUGUACCUAUAUUUAAAGCCGCUGCUUUUGUCAGCCAUUAAAAUUAGCUGGCCUACCGGCGAAGUCACCAAACGUUACCAGUAUUCGCUGCUUUAAUGGCACCAGGCAAUGUCUACAUCUCAUGACCUAAACAUAUCGCAAUAAAUAACUUAUUAUCGUAGCCCUAUUUUAUAAUUUCUCAAUACGACGUCGUCCAGAAGUUUUCUUUAUUUCUGGGUAGAGCAAUAAAAUAAUAGGUGGCACGAACAAUUUACAUUUAUUUGAGCGUGACAACGAGGUAUGUCAAAUAAAUGGAGGAGGAAAGGAUUGCAUCUAUCCGACGAAGAAAAGUAUAGAGAACGAUGGCAGAAGUGAAGACGCCCGAGUUUUGGUCGGAGUUCUACGCAUCUUUCUGUUCACGAGUGUUUUAGUGUUUGUUAUAGCUUGAAGUGUACUGGUUGCAGGUAGGUCGACAUCUUAAACGGCAGUCCCUGGCAGUGACAUUUUACUCCUGUCUUAUUGGUCUGUGUGGACGUGAUUCAACCUGUGAAGUGCUUUUAUUACGCGCGUUGUUUUCACAUGAACAUACAUUUGUACCGACCAUGGAGUGUUGCCUUACAUAUUCAUCCACUUAGUACUGCGAAUAUUCUUCAAAUAAAAGUGUUCUUUGCGUA